UAAGAAACCGGAGCCGGAAGUGACGUUUGAAAUAGCGGCUUAGCUACAGCGCCGCGUUGGAUGACUGUUUGAUACAGAGAUGAGCGGUGACAAUGUGAAGUUGUUUGUGGGGAACCUUCCUUUAGAUGCAACUCAUGACGAGCUGACCAAGCUUUUUUCUCCAUAUGGAGAGAUCAACACAUGCUCUUUGCUCAGACAGUAUGCCUUCGUUACCCUGAAGGGAGAGGGGGCAGCAGACAGGGCCAUACGACAUCUUGAUGGCAAAGAGUACAGGGGGCGGCCCUUGGUGGUCGAGGAGUCGCGUGCGCGUCCACCCAACUCCACCAAAGUGUUUGUGGGGAACCUCGCUGCAACAUGUUCAGCAGAUGACCUGCACGGGUUGUUCUCAACCUACGGAAGAGUUUUAGACUGUGACAAAGUCAAAGCCAGAUUAUGCUCAAAUGUUGGCUAUGCGUUUGUGCACAUGGAGAGGAAGGAGGAGGCCCUGGUAGCUAUUGAAGGACUCAACGGGACCAUGUACAAGGGCCGCCAGUUGGCUGUAGAGCUGUCCAAAGCCCAACCUUUGAUCAACCAGCUUGCAAUGGCUGGAAAUAACUAUGGCGGUGGAUCAGGUGGACGGGAAGGUCUUCUUCCACGACCACCUCCAUCACUAGAGCACCACCAGAGUCAAGCAGCUGUGCUAGCAGCAGCUGCAGCAGCCGCAGCUGGUCUCCCAAUCCAGGUUCAACAAAGUGUCCAUAACUCAUUCUACAACACCACAACCUUUGACCCCACCUACGCUGCCUUGAAGGGCAUUACAAGUGCUAAAGGGGCAGAUGGAGUGAUCUAUGGUGCUCUUGCCAGCCAGGUAUAUGGAACUGUUGCUGACCAGGUGUACCAAGACAUGGCCCAUCACAAUUCUGCUGCCGUAGCCCCUGUUGAAGAAGUAGAACCACAGAACGGACCAGACCCCACAACGCUUUUCGAGGCAGCAAGAGCCAAGUUCUUUCAGGAGGGACAGAAGGUUCUGGCAGAGCAGCAGAUAGGGAGAAAGGCAGCAACCGCAGAAAAUGAGCGGGACCGCAGCCCAAUCAGAGGAAAUCGAGCCCCCCUUCUCCCAGACCCCACCCCUGGUUCCUUCGCUCAGAUACGACCUAAGCGCCGCGCCCUGCUGCCGACACCGCCCGGCGCCCCUGAAGAGUCCCAGGCUGCCACCAACACGCCUGAAGGGUCAGAUCCUGUAGCUAGGUCGUACACAGAGUACUACCAGCAAAUGCACCAGUACCAACAGUAUCAGCAGUACCAGCAACAGCAACAGUACCAGUACCUCCAGUAUGCUUACACCAACCCUCCACCUCCGCCCCCCCCCCCUCCAGCUAACACACAGGCCUCCAACACAGCCCCUGCACCCCCAGGGACGUACUCCGCGCCCCCAACGUACGCGCCACCGGGGGCCUACCCACCGCCGGGAACAUAUGACACUUCAGGAAGUUACAGCGCCUCGUCAGGGAGCUACACUGCCCCUCCAGGGAGCUAUGACGCAUCCGGAGGCUACGGGGCACCGGGAGUUUACGGCCCACCAGGAGCUUACGCUGCAGCGGGAAGCUACUCCACAUCCACACCGUAUGAGCAGACACCCGCACACGGGCAACCCAUGCCCCAGCGCCAUGAUUACCCUUACCACACGCCAGAACCCCCUUAUCGAUAGUCCCACUCCCAUACACUCCUUCCACACUGCAGAUGUGUGUGUGUGUGUGUGUGCAUGUGUAUUUACAUAAGGGACAGUUUAAAAUGGAAAUCUGAGAGGGAGCAAAGUUGUAAUUUGAAUGUCAUUCAGAUCUAAAGCAUUUCACUUUUCUCCAUCUUGUCUGUAGUCAGUCUGUCAGUUGAUUGGUUGUGUGGUGAACGUACAGAGGGACAGCUUAUAUUUGAACAUCGACAAGCGAUCGCAUUCUGUGAGAUGUUUUAGAGGCACAGGGUUUCUUGUGGGAGGUUUAAGAAGCCUAGGCGUUUCGUGGGACAACGUUGGUGUCAGAGUCCAGGGUAGGAGAAGCUUUUUGGUUGUACAGAAUCGAGGCCUUUAAUAUAAUCCACACACAAAUGUUCAUGGAAAAGCAGUCCGUAAGCCGUGCAAAGUCAUAGUUUUAAGUAGGGCACAAAAUGCAAAACACUUAUGAAUUAUUUUGUAGAAUGUUUGCCGGAUUGCCUUUGUUUCAGGCUGGUUUCAGUAGUGACCGGUUUAGUCCUGCUCGAGCAAACCCCACUCCCAAGGAAAGACUUAUCACUUUUGCCAUGCUCUAUUUUAGGUCAUGGAAAUCUUCAUGAAUUGAUCUUGAGAAGGUCACUUAGAAUUAGGGAUCGGUACCAAAACCUGGUUUUAGACGGGCCCCGGGGCUACAUUUUAAAAGUACCUGGAAUCGAUAAGAUCGGUAUUGUUAUCGGUACUGAAAUAAAAAAUAUAUUUAAAACAGAUUUCAUAUUUAUUAUUGCUUUAUCAAAUCAAUCAAUCAUUAACUUGCACAUUGUAUCGAACCAAAUACGAUUUUUAAGUCUGUGUGCGGGGGGGCGGGGCCACUCGCUCACAGAUCUGCCGCUGGCGGAGAGAACAGAGCUUAAAAAAGUUACUCUACAAGGAUUAAUGUAGACAAUACAUUACAUGUAGUUCAAUCGUAAACAAGUAAAAGUAUAAGCAUUAAAAUACACUUAAAGUACCAAAAGUAAAAGUACUCAUUGUGCAGAUUGGUCCAUUUCAGAAUCAGAUGUAUUCUAAGUUUUGAUUCCAAUUAUUGAUCAUUAAAGUGUUAUCAAAGCUGGUAAAGGUUCAGCCAGGUGUAAUGACUUUGUAUGCUGCAGGGUAGCUUGUGAAUUUACUCCAGGUGUAACUAAAGUCUGAUUUAAGAGUUGAUUAUAUUUUACAUCAUAAAACCAAAUCUGUAAGUGACUACAGGUAAUAAAUAAUUGUAGAAGUACAAAGUAACAUUGAAUGUAAAUAAUCAAGUAAAGUAAAAGUCCCUCAAAACUGUACUUAAGUUCAGUACUUGAGUAAAUCUACUUGUGUCCUAGCAGCCCAGAAUCCACACUAUACAGUAAAUAAGGCAAUGUUGAUUCUGUUUCCAAUAUGUUUAGUUUUUCCCUUAAAAAGAACCGAUAAGAAUACCGUUGAAGUACCGUAUCGAUAAGAGUGUUGGUACCGUUAAAAUCUUAACGAUACCAUCCCUAAUUAGAAUCUUGUGCUGGCAUUAAAAGCCCUCCGGAGGCUUGUUUCGAGAGUGUGCAGAGAGGUUACACGUCAUCGCGGGCCUUCUGUUUAAUUGGCACAGUUUUAUACUUAAUAUAAAUAUCCACUCAAGUUAUCCUUGUGAAGCUUCGUCGGUAGAAGAGAUGACAAAGACUUCGACAACAAGAUAAAAAUACGUUCGAUUAAACAAUUUAAGUGCUCAAAUUGAAGAACAUAACCUAGGUGUUCCCUCGGAUAGGUUUUCCACAAUUUAGGCCUAGCCCAUUUUUAGAGGUCUUCGCACACUCAGGAGUUAAAUGUAUCCUGUCAUGGGUUUUUAUUCACAUGUCAGUGUUUGACACUAGAACAUUGGAAAAUAAUAUCUAAAUAACUUUCUAGUCCUUCACAUUAUUUACUUUCCACGUCGGUUUGUGUCGAUUUUCUAUCGGAGAACCUGUGAGAAAAGAAAGCUCAGUGCAUACAUGUUCCUCUUUCUUCGGGUAAUCACCAUUUUCUUUUAAACAGGCGUCGUGUUUUGUACAUAUUCAAUUUCCAAAAGCCAGAAUGACAUCGAAGCUUUUCCUUGGCAGAUGAUGAAUACGAGUAUUAUCCAUUCUAAAAAUCCCGAUUUGGUUUAUAACAUUUAAUGUUGUUGGCUCUUUCCCUGUAUCAUCAGCUGUCGUGCCUCGCUAACUUUGGGAACCAUUGGUGAUUUAGAGGGAAAGUUGAACUGGUUUUCAUACAAGGAAAUGUACAAUUUGGUACUUUUGUAAAUACAUUCAACUGUGUUUUAAGUGGAUGGGGUAAAGCCAACCAACGUAUGGUUGAUUGGUAAGAAUAUUGACUGUUAAUAUUUGAGAUAAAAUGAUUGUAUUUCUAAACCAGUUGAAAGACGGGUUGAAGAAAGACAGUUGAGUUGUAUUGGUGAAAAAGGACUGAAACCUGAAGCAUUACGGUUAUCUGAUUAGUCAUGAUUGGUAUUCAACCAUUGUGGCUUGUGAGGGUAUAAACUAAUCAGACAUUGCAUACAACUAGCAGAAUCUAAAAAUGGGAGCAAACUGAUUUUCCUUACAGGUUGAGAGCAGCUACAGAUGUUUUAUAUUCCUAUGAUGCAGCGCAGUGUCAUGUUGCUGAUGUGAAAAGUGUGGGUUAUUGACAGGACAGAGUUGGUGCUGUAGGACAGGAGGGUUGUUUUGGAUUCAGUAAAGGCCGCUGAUUUUCCCGAGCAGCAGUGAGAAAGGGCUGCUGACCUUUCCUUUUCCCCCUUCACCAGAAACAUACACCUCAUUUUUUUUAAACUAGGAGUACUGGCUUUCUCUGCAUUCAUACCACACUUGCACAACCCCACACUCGUAUUUAGAUGCCUUUUUUCAAAAGGGUUCAUUGAAUUGUACUCAUGUAAAGCAGGCCACACGUGCAGAUGAUACUAAUGCACACCUGAUUGCAGCAUCAUGUGACUUACAGUAGUACGGUUUGUGAUUGUACCACACACUCAUUUCUUUUUCGCCACCUGAUUUGGUAGUGCUGUGUUAGGUUUAAGUGACACAUAGCCUCUAAAUUUACACAUAAUUCCAGCUUCUCCAUGUGAACUGUUAGUUGCAUGCCUUGUUGUUGCUGCUGCUCCAGCCACCUUCUUCCUCUUGCUGAUUAUUGCAGCUAGAGUGGGAGGGAGCCAAACUGAGCCCUUGCCCUGGACGUACGCCACACGCAGCUGUAGCGUGGGAUGGGAAAAACAGCAGCGUUAGGCCUGAAACUGCUGUGGACGAUGGGGUGUCCCCCCACUAAGGUAAACACUCAGACCACACACUCCUGCCCCUCCCAAAAAAACACACAAACACACAUACACACAUACAGAAACACCUUUGUCCAUACUUCCUUUUCCUUGCCUGUCUUCAGGGAGUUUUGUUUGUCAGGAUUUCAGAUUUUUGGAAACGGAUCUCCCAUCCUUUUUUUAAUAGAUGACAUUUUUCCUGCUUUUGAUAUUCCUGAUCAUAUCCCUGCAUUUCCCCCUUUAGGAUACUAUGCUCAUACAUUCCUGCUCCCAACAUACUGACCGCUCACACACACCAGAUUUGGAGGACACGAUAACCAUCUUUUAGUGUAAAUCUGAAGCAGGCAUGUGGUCAGCACACCCUGAAUAUAACAGCCUGUCAUUGAACUACCAGGCAAUCACAGCCAGAGCUGGACGUGGGACAUUUAGGUAGGAUGGGUUGUUUUAGUUUUUGUAAAUGUGCCCCUGCGGCCACUUUGGGGUUAAGUGCCUUGCGUAAGAGCACAUAGGUAAGCCCUCCAUUUCAGAGUUGAAUAACCUGGCUCAGGAUCGGUUGCUGGUUCAACGCUCAACUCCCCUUCUCCCCUAAAACAACGAUUUUUGACGCCACAUUCAACUUGUAUGAAUGACAAUGAACACAGAUUUUAUCAUUUUGUUUUAAAUUACAUUUUGUCCUAUGUUCUUUGAAAUGUUUAAUUAUCAAUAAAUGAAUUUGAACUGAA